GGAUAGAUUGUCCAGCUGGAGCUCCUGGAGACUGAGGCUCUGAUGGAGUUGGGGCAGCUCAGCUCGAGGACCGGUGAGCUCUGCUGGGUGGACUGUGGGCUCGAUCCUUUGGCCCUAAGACGAGGGAGCUGCUGACUGGACCGAAACCUUCUCCUGAUGAUUCGGGGAGGAUAGGGUGUCCAGCUGGAACUCCUGGAGGCUGACGAGCUGACGGAUCCGGCCAAGCUCCGCCUGGAGACCGGCGAGCUCUGUCAGCUGGGCUGUAGGUGUGGUUCCUCCGCCUGCAGAUGGCGGAGGCGCUGAUUGGACCGGAGACGGGACUGCUGGUCUGACUGGGGGCGGGUCCAAGCUAGCGUGCCGAGCCGAGGCAGCGGCGAGCUCGCAGCUCUGUCCUGGGACAAGGGGUGACGGUGGAGCCCAGCAUCCUUCCCAACGCCGUGGGCCAACUCUGGGGGAGCACACAGCCAGUCUGGUGCCCACAUAGCAGGAGCGGUCCAUCUGCGCCUCCCCGUCCAACUCUCCAUCCGGCUCCGGGAGGGUGGAGAGGAUCCCUGAGGCCCGGGCACGGCGGUGGCGUACGCGGCGAGGGAUGCCAGAGGAAGAGGAGCCGGCCACUGGUCCGCGGCGAGAAACUGGAGCAGGUACUCCUAGGGAUAACCUCCCCACUGGAUCCUUCUGUGGGUUGGCUCAUUCUGUCAGGCGCGCUGGUGAGUGGAGUGGAGGUGAGGAUCCACACGCUGGGGAAGAAUCAGGCAGGCAGACAAACUGGGACAGAUAAAGUCUUUUAAUAAGGAACACGCUGACAUGGAAACAAUGAGCCAACAAGAGACACAGAACUGAAAGGAUUUAAAUACAUGAGGGCUGGGAACUUGGGUGAUUGGAAAACGAGAGGCAGGUGGGAGCAAUUAACAGAGACACUUGAUAUAACAGAAUGGGGAGACAGGACAGGGUGUGACAGUAAUGGGUUGUGGUGGCUCCAUGGGGUUACACUCCUUUCCACUGGACUUAGAAAUUAGGCUCCAGUGAUUGCACGCAGUCGGUGUACUGGAAAUCAGUCAGCUCCCUGGUGCUGUAGUUUGCAACCAGCAUUUUACCCGUGAUUCCUUCGCCAACAUGAUGGAGUUUGAACUGGGUUAUUCUGCACGUCUCCGUUUGAAGAGGGAGGCCGUGCCCACCGUGGCUCUUCCACGAUUUAGAUGCAGCCUACCGACUCUGCUCCCCCACCAUGGCGUGCUCCAGUCUGAGGUGAGUAAGCUAAAUAAAAAUUUUUAACAUCUUCUAAAGACAAUUCCCUACCUAAAUGCAAAGUUUGAGAGACCUGGUUCACUUAAUUUAGCUAAUAUCAGCCUGCACUGCCUUUGGGCUGAUUUGUCAAGUUCACAAAAUGUGGAACGGGAUGUAAGGUUAGAAUCAGCGGCGAAUCGGAACAUAUCUCGAAGCCCUGGCCGACGAAACGGUCCACAUGACUAUUACUGUAAGGCUCGGAGAAAAUUUGGGUUGUUUUUGUGUCAGUCGGUAAUUCUGCAACAGUGGCUCUAACUAACGCAGCACUAGUUGACAGACAGCAUUACAGCGUGAAAUCCAGCUUUACACCACAGCGUGACCCGGUUCUGUAAGGAAUUCUGUUCAGGAGGUCACAUUUCAGGCUCUCUUCACAUCAUAUGUGACUGACUUUUACGGUAUAACAACGAUCACACACUAGGAAUGUUAUGAAGCGCCUAUAUAGGACAGUUUCUUUUGUAUAUUAUCUAUGACUUUAUAAACUCCAAAAACAAUGUGCUUAUAUUUUUUUUUUCAGCCUAAAUCUACCCAAGACAUUGGCAGUCAGACUGAUUUAGUAGUCUGCAAGAAUGCACUUGUCCAGGCUGACGUGAAGCCUUACCGGCGUAGCAAAGACACCCAGUUUAGAGCUCCCAGCCGCUGUGUGUCUUGUGACACAGAGACCAUGACGGAAAUUCCUCUUCCAGAAAGUCCCAGAGCAGCGUCCACACCCCUGAAAAGACCAAGAUGUGAGGUGUCUGCUGUUGAUUCCAGCCUCCACCUCAGUGACAGUGCAAGCUCAGUGAACUGUUCAAGGAGGCUACUGAUUCUGCCCCGUGACACUUGGUGGUGACGUGUGAGCUGAUUCACCUGGACACUCAGCAAAAUAUGGACUCUACACCAUGAGGCAGGCACACAUUAAUACACAUAAGCAUGAGGAUGUCCUCACACACCUGUAACCUAUCAGCUCAUCUGGCAGAAUAGAAAGAGGAGACAACACCACAUCUACUGUUCCUGGAAAGCCUUCAGCCAUCCUUUGAUGACUGAGAACCUCCAUCAGCUCUGUCUCCUGUCUGCCUACAAUUAUUAUAAUAAAUAUUGUGUUUGACAAGUUUUUUGUGCUGCCAAAUAUCUCAUUUUUAUUCCAGUUUUGAUAUUUUAAUGGAUAUUUAUAAAUUACAUUAAUUGAAUUAUCUCAUUGUUGCAUGUUUAACUAGCUCUAUUGUGAUGAAUUAAACUAGCACCUCACUGUUAAAAGUUUGCUUUAAUUUCAAGCAUGUUUAAGUAUUUAUGGACAUGAACAAAAACAGGAAAUAUAUAAAUUGAGAUUUAUUUAAUUAAUUUAACAAAUAAGGGGGAAAGAGUCAUUGAAAGGCACAUUCUUCUGGAAGCUCCUGAUCCUGACGACACCAGCAGGAGACCAGCUGCAGACACCAGAGGAUCACCUACAACCAAGAGAGCAGCUGGUAUCAGUAAAUAAAUAAUGAAAUCAGGGCAGUUUUAGUGGGCUGAACACAUUACAGAAUAAUUUUCUCAUGGGGUAGUUUCAUAACUUUCUCUGCAGCAGACUGUAACUUAAGCCCAGGGCUCCUGUAGAGCUGCUAUCCAGCACGUUUCAGUGGUUUUCCUGCUUUAACAGGUUAGAUUAGCUGUUAAGCAGCUCAGCUAGUUGUUGUUGAUUAAAACCAGGUGUGUUGAAGCAGAUAAAACUCUAAAACAUGCUGAAUACUAGCUCUCUAGGGCCGUGGAGCCAAACCCUGCAACUAAUCUAAUGCUAUGGCUAACGGCUACUUACCAUUCAGAGCUGGUUCUGUUGGGUCGGUUCCGCUAGUUUCAGGCAACUCACAAGCUCAAAACAAUAAGGCUCAGGUCCGCUUGUCUCCUCCAAAUAGACUUGGUCCCUUUCUUCUCGAGUGUCUGUGUAAGGAGGGGGAGAAACUUCCUCCACUUCUAAUGACUGCUCAGAGUGAAGGGAGCUAGCAUCGUCUAGUUAGCCAUCGUCUUCGUCACUGCUGCAGCUCCGCCCUCUCGGUCCUCCAGGCAACGCCUACUAAUGUUGCAGUUUUUAAAAUUGAUACGUGGGUGGAGAAGGACUCUGAGGCACACUUGACCUGCUCUUUAAACAUCGGGCUGAUAUAUACUAUAUUUGUACACCGGCCUUGGCCAGUAUUUGUCCUUAAAGAGCAAGUCACUCCAAAUCAACUUUUUUUUUUGCUGAUAAACUAUAUGAAUGAGUGUCUGAUCGAGCUGUACACACGUGUAGUCAAUAAUUCAGCACUGUAGUGCAUCUUUGUUAAAAUUUCAAUAUUCUGCCUAAAACUGUCAGUGUUGCAUCGUCAUCAGGGAAAACUCAAUUAAAUCUGCGAUUGCUUUUGACUGAGAGGUACAUUAUGAUGUCACAUUGUCGUUGGCUCACAACGAUAUUGUGACAUCAUAAUGUCAUUGUGUACCUCUUAGCCAAUAGUGAUGGCAAAUUUAAAUUCUGUCACGGUCUGGGGUUUUUUCACACACUAAUUGGUGUAGAGUCUCAUCUCUCCUCUGCAGGUGGGCGUGCCUGGAAGUUGGGAGGCUGCAGGUAAUUUGCUGAUUAGCUGGCCAGGGAUAUUUAAGCUCCUGAGAGACGCCUUCACUUCGCUGGAUGAUUAACUCAACUUGGGUAUUUCUCCUAACAGCCAAAUCCAAACUAAGCUUUGAUUUUGAGAAUUUCUGGGUUAUGGAUUUUUGAUUUUUGAGAUCUCUGUGUUUUUGACUGCUUGUUUUGCCUCCUGCAGAUAUCACCUAUCAGUUCACCUCGUUUGCUGCUACCAACCUGGUUUCUUCACUGUCCACUCGUCUCUCAGCGUCCUCCUCUGGUCUCCCCACUCCAGGCUGCCCACCCUCCCUCCUGGAUCACCAUUACCCUUCAUGCUCAGCUCCCUCCUCAUUUGGACUCCAAGCUCAUCAGCCUCCCGUAAGCCUCCUGCCCUCCCCAGACCGGUCACUCCUCCCUCUCUCACGAGGUCUCACCUCCAACCUGUAAGUUCCAUCAGAUCCAACAUUCAGAUUUCCGAGUGCCAGACCUAACUCUCCCUGUUCCUCCAGGAUUCUCCACACCCGAACCUCGCUUCUCUGCCGAAUACUGCUAGACUUCCUAGCAGCUCCUUCUGUUCUCCUUUUCUAAUAAAUUGUUUUUUGCGAUCUUCUUUGACUCUGUGGACUGAUUCUGUAUGUCGUGGGUUAGGCAUCUACCACACAACAUGACAAAUUCAAAUGCAGUGCAGAAUUUUUACCUGAUGACGGCAUUACACUGACAGUUUUAGACAGAAUACUUACAUUUUAAUUGAGAUGCACUAAUGUGCCAAGUUGUUGACUACAUGUGUCUACAGCACAAUUAGACACUCAUUUAGAUAUUGUAUCAGCAAAAACAAGUUGAUUUGGGGAUGGUUUGCUCUUUAACGAGUGAAGCAUGGAUGUGCAAAAUACGACGUUACAUGAAUGCAACACCAGAUCAAUAUCAGGUUAAUCUCAGAAUUUUGAGAUUUUCCAAGAAAUAUUUUUUAUCAGAUCACAGUUUAACCAAAGUUACACAUAUCUUUAUUUUUCAUGGAAACGUUUGUUAAAGUGGCAUCAUUUAAACUUGAUGUUGAACGUUACCAUCGGAACUGCGCAUCCUGGCAACAGGGACCGGAUCCUUGGUCGCAUACAUAAAUAUUCUCAGUGCGACUUAAUACUUUAAUCAUGAUUAUGGUUGAACCAGCUGCAGAACGGAAAUGGAGAGCGUUUACAAGUUACGUGAAGGAGAACAACCUCAUAGUCGCCAGUCUGGUGGCCGUCGUCCUGGGGAUCGUUCUGGGCGUCGUGUUGAAAACCUACGUCAUCCUGACGGAUGAACAGCAGGAGUACAUCAAAUUCCCAGGAGAAAUUCUGAUGCGGAUGCUGCAGUUUGUGUCGGUUCCUCUGAUCACCACGAGCGUAACGCUCGGAGUGGCCGGGCUCAGCAUCAACACCUCCAGGCAUAUUGCUUUGCGUGCAACACUUUACUUCACCAUAACCACUCUGGUAGCUGUGACCAUUGGUCUGAUAUUGGCGGUGAUCAUAAGACCAGGGGCAGUAAAUAACUUGGGUCAAGAUAUCACAGGAAGUAACACUGAUUUCUCAACAAUUGAUGCCUUAUUGGAUCUGGGCAGAAACAUGGUUCCGCCGGAUUUCCUCCAGGCUUGUUUCCAACAGUACCAGACCGAUAAACCACAAGUGUUUGAAGGUUCCAACUCUAGCCAGAAUUACACAGCAGAUGUGCCGAGGGGUCACUAUGUUGACGGUGCAAACACACUUGGCCUCAUUGCCUUUGCCUUUGUGCUUGGACUGGCAAUCAACUCUCUGAAAAAGAAAAAGGAAAAUGUAUUAGUGCUUGUUGCCAAAGCCAUCAAUGACAUCACCAAAGCUGCCGUCAACUUGAUUCUGAGAUUCUUACCAGUCGGAGUCUUUUUCAUGAUAACGACCCAUGUCCUUGAAGUCCGCGACUGGCAAACUACGGAGAACUUGGGGAAAUUCAUAGCUGUGGUCCUCACUGGGCUCAUAAUUCAUGGAGCCAUCGUCCUGCCAAUGAUAUACAUCCUGUUUACGAGACAAAACCCCCUUAAGGUCAUCCGGGGGGUUUCUCCUGCACUGCUGACGGCUCUGCUCAUCGCCUCCAGUUCUGCCACACUGCCUCACACUUUACGCUGCUGCUUGGAAAACAACAAGAUUGAUGGCAGAAUCGUCCGCUUCAUGCUGCCCAUUGGGACCAACGUCAACAUGGACGGGUCGGCGCUUUACGAGGCGGCCGCCACAGUUUUCAUCGCACAGCUGAGUCACAUCUAUCUGGACGUGACUCAGUUGUUCACCAUUGGUUUGGCAGCUGCCAUUGCCAGCGUCGGAGCUGCAGGGAUCCCAGCGACCGGAGCAGUGACCACACUCUUCGUUCUGACCGCUGUCGGCCUGCCUGUGAGGGACGCUGCCCUCCUGGUGGUGACCGAGUGGCUGCUAGACCGAUUCAACACGGUGAUUAACGUGUUGGGAGACUGCAUCGGCGUUUCUCUUGUCCAUGAAAUGUCAAGACAAGAACUGGAGAAAAUGGACAAAGAGGACAUGGAAACUGGAAGGAUUUUAAACAAACGACAAGAAAUGGCACAAGGAGAAAAAGUGAUGGGGGAAUCUGCCGCUCCUUCCACGACUAAAUAAAAUCUUCUUGAGCCAAUCUCCAGCCCUCUGCAGCUCACCUGUUAACAUAUAAUGCAAAAAAUAUUCAUCACAUUGAGACUAUGAGAAGCAUAUGAGCAUAUGAGAAGACCAGUCCUAACUUUUGUUCAAUUUUAGGGCAAAUUAGAAAAUAUUUUAUGAUGUAUUUUUCACAUUUUUGCUUGUUUUUCAUUGCACAACAAAAAAUUAUUUCUGCUUCUUAAAAAAUCUAAAUGUUUUAGAAUUUUUAGGAUCCCUUCAAAUAAUAUUUGUUUCCAUAAAAAUGAAGCAAAACUUUGCCAGCUUUAGAGAAUGAAAAAAAAAAAACCUUUAAACAGCACCAACUGGCCUGUGUUUAACAUAUUUUAGAGUCCUUGGAAUUUCUUCUGCACCAUUUCAAUCUUAGAGUGGCCAAGGAGAAGACUACAUUGUUGUAGAGAUUUCAUCCAUUUGUUCUGAUGGGGCAGCGGUAGCUCAACAAGUUGAACGGGUUGUCCAGUAUUUGGAAGGUUGCAGGUUCGAUCCCGGCUCUGGACAGAGAAUUCUGCUGUUGUGUCCUUGGGCAAAACACUUAACCAAUGCUGGUGGUGGUCGAAGGGACCGGUGGCGCCUGUGCUCGGCAGCCUCGCCUGUCAGUGCGUCCCGUAACUUAUCACCACCAGUGUGUGAAUGGAUGAAUGAUACACUGUAGUGUAAAGCACUUUGGAGUCCUUACUCUGAGAGGCGCUAUACAAGUGCGAGUCAUUUAUCAUGAUAUGAGCUGUGGAAUCAUCUUGAUUAUUAUUAUUAUUAUUAUUAUUAUUAUUAUUAUUAUUAUUAUUAUUAUUAUUAUUAUUAUAUUUGUAAUGUUACUGUGCCUUAUGAAUUUUUAGUCUCAGAAAAAAGCACUACACAUAUUACUAAAGAGCCACGUGGCAAGCAUGGAGGUAAAAUAUGCCACGUUCCGUGAAUGCAACACCAGCUCAGUACAGAUCAAUCUCUAAAUUCGGGAGACUUUCCCUGAAUUUGUUUUAACGUUUGAUCGCAGUCAUAUUAAGUCACUUUUCGUGAAAUAGUAAUUUGUUAAAGUGGCAUCAUUUAAACUUGGUGUUGAACGUUACCAUCGGAACUGCGCAUCCUGGCAACAGGGACCGGAUCCUUGGUCGCAUAGGCAUACAUAAAUAUUCUCAGUGCGACUUAAUACUUUAAUCAGGAUUAUGGUUGAACCAGCUGCAGAACGGAAAUGGAGAGCGUUUACAAGUUACGUGAAGGAGAACAACCUCAUAGUCGCCAGUCUGGUGGCCGUCGUCCUGGGUGAGUUUCUGACUGAACUGUAGAUCUGAGGUUUAAACUCCCAUCUAAACGCAGCUCUUCACACAGGGAUCGUUCUGGGCGUCGUGUUGAAAACCUACGUCAUCCUGACGGAUGAACAGCAGGAGUACAUCAAAUUCCCAGGAGAAAUUCUGAUGCGGAUGCUGCAGUUUGUGUCGGUUCCUCUGAUCACCACGAGCGUAACGCUCGGAGUGGCCGGGCUCAGCAUCA